AUGCCUCCAAGAAGGGCGCCUGCAGCCCCUAGGGCGGAUAAUGAUGAGAUGUAUCAGAUGGCUCAUGCCAUGAAUACAAUGGUAGUUGCUGUGACUGCCCAGACCCAUGCGAAGGCGCAAAGGGAUGUAGAGAAGCGUGAGAGGGAGAUCAUUGCUUCUGGAUCUAGAGUUCUCACCAGUUUCAAUAAUCAGACUCCUCCUAAGUUUAAUGGGGAGGGAGGUCCUGAUACUGCGGAUUUGUGGCUCCAGGCUAUGGAGAGGAUCUUUGGAGCAAUCCAUUGCCCCGAGGGGGAGAAGGUGGUUUUAGCGACCUAUCAGCUGCUGGGAGGUUCGGAAUAUUGGUGGGGGAACACCAGGCUUAUUAUGGAGGCCGCUUAUGAGGAAAUAAAUUGGGAGAACUUCAAGAGGAGGUUCUUAGCUAAGUACUUUCCCGAGACUGCUAGGGAGAGGUACGGAGAGGAAUUCCUGCAGCUGCGCCAAGGGGGCAUGAACGUGGAAGCCUAUGCGAAGAAGUUUGAAUCCCUGUCAAGGUUCUUUCGUUUCUUCAGGGAUGGCAUAGAUGAGACUUAUAUGUGCCGUCGAUUCCAGGAUGGUUUGAGGUACGAGCUGCAAGACGCAGUGGUGCCGCUAGGGAUUCGACACUUUCAAGUGCUGGUUGAGAAGUGUCAAGAGGUUGAGGAUAUGAGAAAUAAGCGGGUGGACCGCCAAGGUGAUUUUUGUGAUGGAGGACCUAGUCGUUCAAGUGGUCAGACCCAGAGAUCGAGUCAGAAUAGUGGGAGGCAAGGGAAUAAGCCUUACGACCGUUCACAGAAAAAUAGAGGACCGGGUCGCUCUGUGAAUCAAGGGAGUCGGGGUGGAGAGAAGCAUACUUGUUACCGAUGUGGUCAAGAGGGCCAUUAUGCAAGUGAGUGUGGAAAUAGGGGACCAGGAGCUGUUUGUUUCAACUGUCAGAAGCCGGGUCACUUUGCUAGAGAUUGUAAAGCCCCAAAGGCCGGACCGUCGGCGAAUGUGGCACAAGGAGCUCGACCCGCGGAUAGAGGAGGUGUCUACUGUAUGGGCACUAGGACGAGUGGUCAGACCAGUAAUGCCAUGCGUGGGGAUUACUAG